GUAGUGAGCCCGGUCACUCUGCCCAUUUCGCAAUAUGGCGCCCUACGACAGCGACUCUUCAGACGACGGCGAAGACUACUCAACCACCAAUGUGACUCUGGGCUAUGCCACGGUCGAGUCUACCGGGGACGACAUCAGUCACUUGGGCGGCCAUCCCACCUGGCUAGACUCAAGCCAACCUCCGCCUGCGGCGCUGGCCAAAUGCAAGGUCUGCAACAGCUACAUGUCCCUCCUCCUCCAGCUCAACGCGGAUCUCCAGCAGUAUUUCCCCAACGACCACCGGCGCCUCCACGUCCUCUGCUGCAGGAAGAAACAAUGCUCCAAAAAGGUCGGCAGCGUGAGGGCAUUUCGUGAAGUCAGAAAACCUGGAGUGCAAGAGAAGAGUCAAAAACAAAGGGUGGUAGGAUCGCAGACAGUAAAGCCUGUUCAAGACCUUGGUAGCGCUCUGUUCGGCGGAUCAAGCCAGCCAUCUGCGGCAAACAGUGCAAAUCCGUUUUCGAUGCCGGCCAGCUCGAACGGGCCGUCAACCGCAAACCCAUUCUCAUCCAUAGGUUCGCCUUCGCAGUUGGCGGCGCUGCCUCCACAGAGACCGCUAGAGGAAUCCCAACCUCAACCUCCUACAGAGUCAUUUGCAGAGAAACUGCGAAUCGGUGCCCGACCAGACGAUAAAGGCACCGAGAAGACCGCCACAGAUCAAAUACCGUGGCCAGACGCCUCCGUAUUCCCGCCCCCCUACCCUUCUUUUUAUCUCGACGCAUAUCCCGAGGAACUCGAAAGAGAAUCCGCCGCCCCUUCCGCAAAGGCAGAGUCCUCGAGAACCCCAUACGACAUCGACGAUGCGGGAGGCGCAGGCAGCGCCGCGGACAAAGACACGUUCGAAUCCAGCCUGGACAAGGCGUUCCAAAAGUUCUCCGACCGCGUCGCCCAGAACCCGGAACAGGUGCUCCGGUAUGAGUUCAAGGGCGAGCCACUCCUGUAUUCCGGCGCCGACGAGGUGGCGUCGCGCUUCGUCGUGCCCCAUGGCAGGACCGGGCCCGUGAAGGGAGUCCCGAGGUGCGAGAGCUGUGGCGGUCAACGGGUGUUUGAGCUGCAACUUGUGCCCGGCCUGAUCUACGAGUUAGAAAAGGACGACGAGAACGCCAUGGGUCUGGAAGACGGGAUGGAGUGGGGGACCAUCAUCGUGGGGACGUGCGCCAACAACUGCGGCGAUGCGGGAAGGGUCUCCUUCAGGGAGGAGUGGGUUGGGGUGCAGUGGGAGGAGAGGGUGGUCAGGAAGUAAAUGUCGUCCCAGAAAGAGAGGGCUCGACUCUAGGGGAAGAACCAUUGAUGAAUAACGCCAUGUUUUGGAAGACUAGAGACAAUGAACUCCGGCAUAGAGUCCUAUGGAGUGUGCCAGAUAAACAUGAACGAGUGCCGAAUACUCGUCUAAUGCCAUAAAGCAUUGGAAAGAGAAUCGAUCUGCUACUAGUCUCCUCA